AUGGCGGCCAUUGCGUCAUCAUCAUCGGACAAGCAGGUCCCAGUGAUUGUUCAGACAGAAGUGUUUGACAAUAAGAAAGACAGCGUAUCGCCCAACGACAAGCCUGGAAAUGCAACCACAGGCCAGCCAUCAAAAGCACCCAGUAAAAUGACGUCAGUCAAGCUGGCUGACUGGAAGGCGAGACUCGAAUCUCUUAUUGAGAAGCCGCUCGAGAACGAAAGCCGCGCUGAAAUAAAAAAACUCCUCAGUCAAGAUGUUCAAGUCAAGGGAAAUGAGAAUUUGGAGACGGCUUUUUACAAGAUACUUUCUGCUGUUCUUGGCAAAGACAAAGACAACGAUGGUGUCGUUAAACUUCUCAUUGACAGCAAACACUUCAAAGGCAGCUACAGAUGGGGCGAUGAUCAGUGCACAGCACUACACCGAGCUGUGCGAAAUGGAAGGGAUGAAGUCACAAGGAAAUUAGUGAAGGAAUACCGAAACACCAUCAAUAUCGCCAUUGCAAAACAGCUUCUGGAAAAUGGUGCCGAAAUUAAUACCAAGGAUGUCGAUGGUGAUAGCCCACUACACGAUGCGGUGAAAAAUUCAUACCACGAGGUUAUCGAGGUCCUCAUAGAUUAUGGUGCCGAUACUGAGUACCGUGACUUUGCGAAUAAGAUGUCCUGGGUCACGGACUUGGUGUGGUGUCUCACCCGUGACGACGACGAUCCUUCUUUUGGCAAGAGAAAGGACGCAUGGGACUUUCUGACCAGAAAUAUAGCACAGCGAAAGGGAGUCAGCCAUGGCUCAUAUAUGAGAGUGCCUCACGAUUCAGACAAAGCGGAAGACUCCAACAUCCCCAAAAAUUCCGAGGCUACCAACUUGCAUAGGCGAGAGCUCUGGAGAAAUGGGUCGAAACUUUCUGAUGAAGAGAAGAUUUCAAUCGUAGUGCCCUAUAUCGACUUUGAGACAAAGCACUAUCUUGACCGGGACAGUAUGCAAACACCCCGGUUCGUUGAUAAGCGCCAACUGGAGGAAACGUCCUUUGAGUAUUCUGGCCUAUCAGGACUCUAUCAGACACAAACUCUAGAUCAGUCGUAUUACGACAUGCUUGAUAAAGAAGAGUUGAAAAUACGUGAUCAAGACCAGGUCGUCAUGAGAUGGUUCAGUGACCUUAACCACGCAGCAGUUGAAAACACGAUGGAGUCCAAAGACGGUACAUCAUCUCUCUACGAAAAUGAGACUCGGGACGACGACAGCGUGAAUGAGCCGGGCGACAGUACGGAAAAGGAUAGUCCGGUGACCAACGUCGUGGAGAAAUUGUUAAUGGUUAACCAACUUUGGCUUUGGAAGCUUGACAAGGACCGAUACCAUCAAGGUUUCGAAAGCACGCUAUUUGAGACUAUUCGCCAGGGCGACAUAAGGUCGUACAAAAAACCAGAAGAGCUUAUCGAAAAUAUACUCUUCAAGUGCGUCACCUUCUUAGAAGAGUUCUGGAACGCUGGGUUGGGUAUUCACUUGCUUGACAUCUUUGAGAUCUCUCUGGCGAAAAAGCUUGAUUACUUCGUCGCGUUGAAGCAAGCGCAAAGCGCUCUAGAUGAGGCAAUGACGGCUGGUCGCCUCAACAGAUACAUCAUGCUGUUCACGCUGGUGACUAUUGUAUUCACUCCAUUGUCAUUUCUGACAAGUCUGUUCGCCAUUCCUUUCGACUACUUUCCUCGGGACGACGCUGGUGUCAGGCUGUCUCCGGGGUGGACAGCUAAAUGGAUGGUCGCCUGGAUCUUCUCGUCCUCGAUUCCAAAGGUGCCCAGCGCUGCUGGCACACUCGUCACAACAAAUCCGGUCGUCUGCGGGAAGGUUCGUAUGCUUCGUCUGGCACAUUCGGGGGCGCUUUCUCGUGACGGAGAAGACGACGGGGAAGACGUGUUCGAGCUGUCGGAGGAGCACACGGCAGCAUCGCCCAGCGUAGACUCGGCGGGUAUGUCGCAUGUCCAUCCGGCCGCUUGUUGGUACCAGAUGAGGAUGCGUGAGAUGGUGGCGGCGUGCACCAUGAUGCGGUGGACAGGACUGUGCGCAUGGGCACGCGAGAAGCUGGUCAAGUCGCUCGAUGGCCUUGCGAUUGAAAUGAAGUACCUGGUCCAGCUGUGCCGGCACCGUGGCCAUAUUGGUCUGCGGGGCGUGGAGAUCCGGCGCCGGGCAGAUAAGGUCCGCAAAGAUUUCAUAGGACUCACGGGCGCAACUGUGGGAUGUGCAAGGCAUCUUUUCAGGCUCCCGGCUCAUCAGAAUAUCUCCUGUCGGGGCAUCCGGGGAGGGCAGCAUAUGCAUGCCGACAUCCAUGACGCCGAACUGAGACCACUCUUGGCCAAAGAGAUCGAGACUGAGAUCCGGCUGAUCACCACUCAAUGGAAGGGCCAGGCCCGACCCCAGAUCUGGCUGAUUUGUUUAGAGUAG